GAAAGUUGCUUUGCUCCAGUUGCAAAGAUUUCAAUCCCAGUCCUGAGCUCUCUGCAAGCGCUUGCUGGGAUACCUAACUCCCUGUCCUGUGCAAAGACCAUGUCCACUGGGUCCCUCAGUGAUGUGGAAGAUCUGCAAGAGGUGGAAAUGCUGGAGUGCGAUGGCCUGAAAAUGGAUACUAACAAAGAGUUCGGGGCGUCCAACGAGAGCAACGAGGAGGGAUCCAAUGGCGAGAAUGGCUCCCCUCAGAAAGGGAGAGGGGCCUCAGGAAAGAGAAAAAAGGCUCCCCCCAAGAAGAGCCCUUUAAAUGGUGUGAGCCAGGAAGGAAAGCAGGUCCAGAGAAACGCUGCCAACGCCAGGGAGAGGGCAAGGAUGAGGGUCCUUAGCAAAGCCUUCUCCAGGCUUAAGACCACCCUGCCCUGGGUGCCCCCAGACACCAAGCUUUCCAAACUGGACACCUUGAGGCUGGCCUCCAGCUACAUCGCGCACCUGAGGCAAAUCCUGGCCAACGACAAGUACGAAAAUGGCUACAUCCACCCAGUCAACCUGACCUGGCCUUUUAUGGUAGCCGGCAAACCCGAGAGUGACCUGAAAGAAGUGGUGAACACAAACCGCUUGUGCGGCCCGACGGCAUCCUGAGCCCCGCGGCCUCGCCAGCGCCGGCCCUGUGCGGCCGGGGAAGGGGCACGGGCGCGGGCAGGGCCCCGCUUUGCCCCACUGCUGCCCCGGGCCCGAGCAGGGCGACGGGAGAGCGCUCUGCCGGCACGGCACCGCGGAGAUUGAACGCAGAGACUCCACCCCGGGAGAGCCCGACUCUAUUUAACUUUAUUGAGUGCGUGUGCAGUCGCAUCCUGCAACAACAGCCUUGCUGGUUCAAGCGCUACUAGAGGAAAGGCAGAGAUCAAACAAAACCUACCACGCGUGUAUCUUUUGUCUGAGACCUGUGGAAUAUGUAGAUGCCUAGAAAAAAGACUGACUUUGACAGUCAUCUCUAUGAACUCAUUCGCCCUAAAGAUAUAUAGAUAUAUUUUCUUCAAGCAGGUUUUUGCUCUAUUUCUGUGAAUAAACCUUCCUUUCCAUUGAACAUGGAGCAGUGUACUUUUCGUUUCCAACUCACGAGGCACUGGGAGCACUGCACCUGGCUUCCUGCGGUGGGGCGGGGGUCCAGCCCUGCGCCAGGGAGAAUAAGUGGGGGGAACAGUUGGUACAACAUCUUCACACCGAACCCCCCAAGGAGGGGCAGCUCUGAGCUCAGCAGGGAGAAGGAGAGCUAGAGAAAGAAGCUGCCUUGCCUCUCUUUUUUUAUCAAAUAACUGCAAAGCCGUGGGUUUUAACCUUCCUGAGGAACCGGCGUGGGCCUUCCUCGGGGCUGCCGUGGAAGUGUCGAGCUGGCUUAUUGACAGUGGGCCUGAGGAUUAUUGCCCGGCUUGGGGUGACAGGGAUUUUAGUGCAAACAUCUCCCUUCUGUUGCUCAGGGUGCCUGCGGGAGAUUGGGCUGAGAUAAACAGGAGUGCAGGGUGCUCUCCCUGCACCGGCAACGGCAGUCGGCAGCUGAUGCGCCAGAUCCCACCGAGCUGUUUAAUGUUUCGGGGUUAUGACCGCACUGUUUACAAGAUGUCUUCAGUUAUUUAUACUGUUAUUAUUAGCAGAGGGGCUUUAAAUUUCCGCUUCACUUGCUCUUUCAAUAUCGUCCCCCGGUUCUGUUGGAUACCUGGGUGCUGGUGGGCGGCAAGUGGACAUCUGGGGCUCCCUGUCCACAGGGCCUGCAUCUCCCCUAGGUCAACUGAGCAAGGCAGAGUCCUCCUGGCAAUCCACAUCCAUCGGCUGGGUUCACAUGUGGGCCAUGUUAAUUAAGGCUGGGAGCUGGGAGCUGUGCAUGCAUUGCGGACCUCGUUACAGAAAGGGCCGAGGACUGCAGGAUCGUCCUAAUGGUUUUGAAGGGCGGGCUGUUUAAUUUCACCUAUUCACAGCUUUAUCUCCAGUCUGCACAAUUAAAAGCAGACCUCAUCGCCCAGCCUAGCCGUGCAAUUUCACCAUCAAGAGCAGGGCUGCGCCAGCUGAUACGUAGUAACAGGCAGACGUGCACAGAUUUGAUGUACUUUAAAGUAAAGGGAUCACCUUGAGCAGCCACAGCUCCUGCUUCUGGGAAGAGCAGCUCUGCUUUGCUAAGCACAGCUGAAGGGGCUGGUCCCUGCCACAGACAUUGGCAAAGUCAAGGGAACUGCUGUUCUCUUAAAGGAAAAAAGAACAGAGCCCUCUGACCUUAAGCGCAGAGCAAAUGACUGAUAUAGCAAACGCACAAGCACUCUUUGAAUCUAAAGUUAACCGCUGAAUCAAAAUUAAUAAUUGAAUUAAAACAUUCAAAAUCUUGACUGAAAUCCCUACUAACUAAUGCAUGCUCUGGGCUCAUAGCAAGGCGCUUUUUAAAUUCAAGAAAGCAGAAACUGAGAGGGAUCUAGGAUAUGCACAACAUUAAGAGUUACAUUCUAAAUUUUCUCAUACACGCUUUUCUGCCAUCCUGCAAUGCUUACUAAUCACAGACAGCAUCCUUCCCACCCUUAGCCACAUUCACUGCUCAUUGGCCACCUAAAAUGCAGCAUGGAGAAAGGGUGAAGUGCUCCAUGCAGUAGUGCUCCAUGCAAUGUGAAGAACACAGCUGUGACCAUGUACCAAAAGCUGCAAUGUAAGUAGAGCGGAAAGAGGAAGCUGUAGACACAGUUAUUUCUCUUGUCACUGCUCACUUCACGUAGCACUCUGGGGACUAAAAUAUUCCUCAAGUAUGCUCUGCCCUCCUCAAUCCUUGCCCCUGAGCAACCGUUCAGCAACAAAGAAAAAGGGAAAAAGCAGCAAACAACAGACAAAUGCAACCGGCAAUAUGCAGAAAGGUAAAUUGCGGCUUUACUCAGACAGUAAAACUUUUUAUGGCUUUAUGGCUUUGAAGACAAGAAAAAGAUUUUCAGAGAUGUGGAUGUGGGUGGCAGCCCCUGAUCGCUGCCUGCCUUAGAAUGUGAGCAAUGGCACAGCCCAGUGCAUGUGUGUUUGGCAUCAACAGCCCCCAGUCAUUAGGUGAGUUGAGCAUCCUCCCUACAUUAAGUGCAAUUUUACAGAAAAUUAUUUGCAAAUGAAAAAAAA